AUGGCUUUGCAAACCGUCGACCACGUCGCUAUCGGCCUUGAUGCGCCUAACGUCGACCCUCUGCAAGGGACAAAGUACGACUUCAGGAGAGAUCUUGUGGGCUAUGGACGAGAUUCCAUUCAUCCCCGCUGGCCGAACGAUGCCAAGAUUGCAGUUUCUUUUGUCAUCAACUAUGAGGAAGGCGCCGAAAGGUCGCUAUUGAACGGCGACGGCAUGACCGAGAGUGUCCUAUGGGAACAAUCUCAUGUCGCAGAGCGUGUUGGAUCAAGGGAUCCUAAAAUCGAAAGCGACUAUGACUAUGGCGCUCGUGUGGGCGUCUGGCGUCUCCUCAACAUGUUCGAGGAGAACAAUAUUCGAACCACCAUCAAUGCCGUCGGUCAAGCUUUGGAGAAAAACCUCCCACUCGCUCGCGGGCUGGUGGAAGGUGGCCAUGAGAUCGCCAGUCAUGGUUAUCGUUGGGUUCCCUAUCACAACAUGAGCCCAGAAGAAGAGAAACGAUAUAUGUUGCGGCAAAUGCGAUCUUUGAAAGCGACAACUGGGACAUAUCCUUCGGGAUGGUUUAUCGGGCGCUGCUCGUCUCACUCGAAAGCCUUGAUACACGAAGUUCAUGAAGAGCUCGGCGCACCCUUACUCUAUGAAGCGGAUUGCUUUUCAGACGACCUUCCUUACUGGGCGGAUGUGCCUGCUGAAAAGAAUGCGGUCCAUCCCAAGGGCAUGUUGAUGCUCCCUUACAGCUACGACAACAAUGAUCUCAAAUAUCAGAUCGCCCCAGGCACGUGGGGUUCUUCAGGCGCUUUCCUGGAAUACCUGAAAAGUUCCUUUGACGUCCUCUAUGCUGAAGGAUUGAAAGGGCGACCUAAGAUGAUGACGAUCGGCUUGCAUUGCAGAAUUAGCGGCAAGCCUGGUAGAUUUGCCGCGGUUCAGUCCUUUGUCCAAUAUAUCCAACAGCAGCCUAAUGUUUGGAUCACAACCCGAAAAGACAUCGCCCUGCAUUGGCACACGACCUUCCCCUACGUUAGAAGCAAUGCACCUCUCGAUGAUAGCAAUGUGGAUGGUCUCAAGACAGAUUUUCAGAAAGCCGAAAAUCUUGUUUAUGCUCGAAUCUGA